CUCGAGGCGGCGGCUAUCUCCCUCCUUUCUUCUCUUCUCUCUCGUUUCGAAGCCGACGCGUCGCGGAGGAGGAGGAGGAAGAGGGCAAAGCCGCCGCGGGGAUUUCUAGGGUUAGGGUUUCGAGGUUGAGAGGGAAGGAGGGAGAGAAGAGCGGGUAUCAGCCAUGGGGAUGAAAUUUCUGAACAAGAAGGGGUGGCACACGGGGAGCCUUCGGAACAUCGAGCGCGUGUGGGUGGCCGAGGAGAAGGAGAAGGAGGAGCAGCGGAAGAUCCAGGAGCUGAAGAAGCAGCAGGACGAGGAGCGGGAGAAGGCCGCCUUCCGCAAGCUCCAGGAGGACGCCGGCCUCAAGCCGAGGCAAGAGAGAUUGGACUUCCUCUACGAGUCAGGGUUGGCUGUUGGCAAGGGGAGCUCCGAGGGAUUCCAAGCGCUGCAACCAUCUGCCCCAGCAGCUGCUGCCGCCGCCUCUUCUUCUGCCCAAGCGAGUGCCGGCUCUUCCAAGGCAGCUGCUCCAGGUGCAUUAUUUGAGGAUAAGCCCCAAUCUGCAAAUGAUGCAUGGAGAAAACUCCACACUGAUCCUCUUCUACUAAUAAGGCAGCGGGAGCAGGAUGCCAUUGCAAGAAUAAAAAAUAAUCCAAUCAAGAUGGCUGAGAUAAAGAAAUCAGUGGAAGCUGAGAAAAAGCAAAAGGAAGAAAAGAAAGAGAAGAGAAAGCACAAGAAGCGCCAUCAUCACAAAUCAAAGAGUAAGAGGCAUCACUCAAGUGAGAACUCAGAUUCAGAGGAAAGUGAUGGCAGGGAUGAGAGAAGAAAGAGUGUUCAGGCCUCAGAGCAUAAGAGAGAAGAGAAAAGGUCAAGACAUGAUAAGAAGGAUCACGGACAAGAUUCAGAAGACGAUGAACGAAGGAAAAGACGGCAUGCAACGUCAGAAGAUGAUGAGCCAAGGAAGUCACAGAAGGAGAAGAAAGGACAGAGGGAAGAUUCAGAAGAUGACAAGCCAAAGAAGUCAAGGAAAGACCGCAGAAGACAUGAUUCAGAAGAUGAAGAACCAAGGAGAAAACACCAGAGGUCAGAAGAUGAUGAACCAAAAAGAAGACAAUCUGAGGUUUCCGGAGAUGAUGAACCAAGGAGAAGAAGGCAGGAGAUGCCAAAGCAUGACGAAUAUUCACGACGGGGUCGUUCGGAUGCUGAUGAUAGGAGAGGGAGACACUAUACUCCGUCAGAUGAUAGGAGAGGGAGACACUAUACUCCGUCAGACCACAACAGUGCUUAUCCAAAGCACGACAGUUCAGAUUCAAGGCAUAGGCGACCGGAAUAUGGACGCGGCAAUUCCACUUCUGAACUAGGUUCAGAAGGCCAACGAAGGCAGGAAAGCCAGCAGGGCAGGAACGGCCCUACAUUCAACCGUCGACGGGGUGUCCAGCACAUGUCAGAGGAAGAAAGGGAAGCUCGACUUCGUCAAAUGCAGGCUGACGCAGAGGUCCACGAAGAACAAAGAUGGAGCAGGCUCAAGAAAGCUGCAGACGACGAUGCCAAGGAGGCGGCAUCUGUGAACGCAAACCAAUUCAGAGGGAAGAACUUCUUGGAAGAAGAAAAGAAGAGCAUAUUUGGAACCGAGAAGGGCGGAAGCGCCACGAUCGAAGAGAGCAUCCGGCGCCGUGCGUAUUAUUCGCAGCGUAAUGCCCAUGAGAGCAAUGCAUUCAGGCGGUGAAAUCCCUGAAGCAGAGCAGCAGCUCAGGCGGCCUGACCUCGUUGAUGUCAGUGUUCUGCAUUUGCUUUAGCUUCUUUUGCCUUUCUGGUGUAUUGUUCCUUGUUUAGUAUGGAAGAAUUUUUGAAUGUUGUACAACGCAUUGUCCAGAUGUUUUGAAUCCAUAUGUUUUAGUAACAAUUUUUGCCAAAAUGAAAAUCCUACAUGUGUAUUA